ACUUCAGGGAAUAGCCAUUAAGUUUUGCGAAAGUUGCUCCUUUUUAGGAAGUCAUCGGUGGCAUUUAAAAAAAAAGUGUCUAAUUUGUGCGUAAGAGCGUUGUAGAGGGACCCUGUCCAAUCGAUGUUACUCGCUGCUAUUUUCUCUGAAGUGGAGAGUUUGCGUAUAUCACAUUCCUGAGCAAUGAUCCAGUCUCCAAGUUGACAGCGCUUCCCCGUCACGAUAAGUGUCCCUGGAAGCUCAGCGGGCGCAGGGGCUCUUGUAAAAGCAACAACUUGUCUUGAUAGAGCGCCUGCGUUGGUCUCGGGACGAUCCAAAGUGUUUUGCAACGAGUGGAUUACUUUUGAAGUCAUCACUGUGGCAACGUAGUAAGGCUAAGCGUUAAAAUGGAAAUUAUAGUGUGGUGAAAGCCAUCCAUGGACGUUAUUCUGAUCGUUAAAACGUUAAAAGCAUAGUUGUUCUCCAGCCCUCCUUCCCAACCGAUUGCAGAAGUUCUUUUUUUUGGGACCUGUGUUUUCCUUUGCAUUUUAAGUCACUUAUCUGAUUCUGAAAUUGUCAGUAUGCAAUGUUGUCCUUCAGUCCAUCGUUUUUGCAAAUCAAGUUUGAUGAUUUGCAAUUUCAUGAAAACUGUGGCGGGGGAAGUUUUGGUAGUGUGUAUAGAGCAACAUGGUUAUCUCAAGACAAAGAGGUGGCUGUGAAAAAGUUGUUAAAAAUAGAAAAAGAGGCUGAAAUUCUAAGUGUUCUCAGCCAUAGGAACAUCAUUCAGUUCUAUGGAGCUGUUCUUGAGUCACCCAACUAUGGCAUAGUAACUGAAUAUGCUCAUGGAGGGUCACUGUAUGAUUACCUGUCAAGUGCUAAAAGUGAGGAAAUGGACAUGGAUCAAAUUAUGACUUGGGCAACAGAUAUUGCUAAAGGUAUGCAUUACUUACAUAUGGAUGCUCCAGUGAAGGUAAUUCACAGGGAUCUCAAGUCUCGAAAUGUGGUGAUUGCUGCGGACAGAGCGCUAAAGAUUUGUGAUUUUGGUGCCUCACGGUUUCACUCUCACACAACACACAUGAGCCUGGUGGGAACCUUCCCAUGGAUGGCACCAGAAGUUAUACAGAGCCUGCCAGUGGCUGAAACAUGUGACACGUUCUCCUAUGGUGUGGUUCUUUGGGAAAUGCUGACAAGAGAAAUCCCAUUUAACGGCCUUGAAGGUUUACAAGUGGCCUGGCUAGUUGUGGAGAAAAAUGAGAGGUUGACCAUUCCGAAGGGCUGCCCUGCCAGUUUUGCGGAACUCCUGCAUCAGUGCUGGGAAACAGAUCCCAAAAAAAGGCCAAAUUUUAAGCAGGUCUUGGGGAUUCUUGAGAUUAUGUCACAUGACAGCAAACUUCCAGAUCAGUGCAAUUCCUUUCUGCAUAAUAAGGCUCAAUGGAGAUGUGAGAUAGAGGCCACUUUAGAAAGACUAAAGAAACUGGAACGAGAUCUGAGCACAAAAGAACAGGAGUUGAAGGAACGAGAAAGACGUUUGAAAAUGUGGGAGCAAAAGUUGGUGGAGCAGUCCAGUGCACCUCUUUUCUUACCUCUUACUGCAAGGUUUUCUGAAGAGUCUUUCUAUGAGUCUAAGACAGAGGAGUCAAACAGUACAGAGAUGUCAUGUCAGAUCACAGCUACCAAUAACGAGAAGGUAGAUGGCAUGAACGAAAGUCUGCAGAAAAUGAUGAGUGGUUUUGGCAAUAUCCUGUCUAUGAACCUAGCAGGACCUGUCAUGCAGUCUGGGAUUCAGAUAGAUAUGCAAGCCAAGCAGAAUUCCUCCAAAUCAACUUGUGUCAGAAAGGGGAAAAAAAUCAAUAUGACAAUGGAUUUUGAUCACUGGUCAUAUGAUAGUAAUUAAAUCUGAGCACAUAAAGCUUUUGAACAUUAUUAAAGCAACCAACUGUAUUAGCCUAGUGAAUGUUUGUUUUCCACAGCAAUUCUAAACAAUACAAAUAUUAAUAUAUCCAGCUUAGUGUCUUAUUUAUGCUGUGAGCUUACAGUACUUUAUUAAGCAUAAUGCAUGGCAGAAAUUGAAGCAUUGUUACUUUAUUAGAAUAUCAAUCUAAACACUGAAAAGUAGUGCAGCCAUUCAUGAAACGAAAUGUUCUAAAGUUUAAAAAGUUAAAGAUAAUUGUAAGUAGAGUGUUUCGAUAUCAACUUUUCAUUACCGGAGCUCAUUUUUAUAAGACCUGAAAAUAUUUAUACAACAUUUGAGAUUAUUUACAGUUUGAAGGCUGUUUUAAUAUGGACGUCUUUUCUGUGUUUUGUGUUACCUAUUUUCUAUUCCUUUUUUCAAUAAACUUAAUUUAGUAGCUUA